AAGAAAUAUUUUUAUGAUUAUGUCAAUUUGAAAAGUGUAAUGUGAAAAAUCUGUUUGUUAAUAAAUAUGUGUAAUGUUUAGGGUUUACAUUAUUUCAUAAUAAGAUUCCAUUUCUGAGGCCCAAGUUACACUUUAAUUUCAUUAAAUGUGUCUGCCUUCAGAUUCUUAGAUCAUGUAAUCAAACUUUUUCACCAUUAUCCAAUUAUAUGAAAUUUUCUUUACCAAAAUAAAUUCUAUCAAAUCCAUUACAUGAAAUUUUAAAGAAUUGAAAAUAUAAAUAUUAUGAGUAUUUAUUUAUUUUAAUAGAUGCAGUAAAAAAGGAAGCAACUUUCUCCAAUAUAAGAUGUACUUUGAUAUUUCUCCAAAUUAUCUCUGGACUAAGUAAACUUUUCCGGAAUAUGUACUUACCAAAUUGUAUCGAUAGUCAGGUUACGAAAUCAAGAAUAGCAGUGUCUGAUUGAACAAAAAUUCUUUCCAUAUAUAAAUAAAAAAUAUUUGUAUUAAUUUCAUCAAAGUAUAUGGUAUUCCCAUCUCUAAUUAUACGCACAAACAAGAUAAUUUAAGCGUGUGAUUCCCACACAUAAUUGGUAUAAAAGUUAAAGAAAAGUUUGAAGAAUAUCAUUUCUUCAUUAAGUAGUAAUCGUUAAACAUGAGAUUUUAUGUAGUGUUUUUAAUUUUUGCGGUAUUCCAUUAUACCUGUGGUUAUGACUACAAAAAACUGAAAAUUAAUAUUAAGCGCCAAAAGAGCCCUAGGAAACAGUAUUUGGAACAUCAAGAUAUUCUUAAUAAAUAUGGAGUAACUCUUGAAUAUCCCAGUUUAAUGGAUAGAAGAACAAAUGAUUCUAUUGCUAUAUAUAGAUAUUUGGAUAACGAAUUUUAUGGCGAAAUUGUAAUUGGACAUCCAGGUAAAAAAAUGUAUGUAGCUUUUGACACAGCAUGGGAUCGAACUUGGGUAAUGUCUCUAAGAUGUAAUAUACAUCAAGUUCCCGGAUGUAGAAGCCAUCAUUUAUAUGACCAUGAUGCAUCCUCUUAUUAUAAAGAGAAUGGCACUAAAUAUUUAGGACAAGAUAAUUUCUUAGGAUUUUAUUCAUAUGAAAAUAUAUCCAUGGCACAUUCAAAUGUAACAGAUUUUUCAUUUAUUGAAAUGACGGAGGUUCCGGAUUAUAUGCAGUUCAGUAAAGUCGAUGGUGUCAUGGGAUUAGGAAUCAAAGUCGAUGAUUAUGAGCCAUUUUUUUAUACAUUAUUAAGGCAAAAUAAAAUAAGAGAUCCCAUUUUUUCCAUUUAUUUGAACAGAGAUCGUAAUUCCAAUCGAGGAGGAAACGUUAUAUUAGGAUUCGUAGAAUACCGACAUAUUCAUAAGACAGAGUUGAAGAAUGGAACUGUUGUACCAGAUACUAUCACAUACUUAAAUGUCGAUCCAGGGAGAUUUUGGAAAUUCACAGUAGACAAAAUAAUUUUCACCAAGGAUCCCAAGAAUAUUUUCACAACUUGUGAGAAUGGAUGCAAGGCAAUUGCUGACACAAGCUCCAAUCAAAUUUAUGGCCCAGCCGACGCUAUUAACAAAUUUCAUGAUAUGAUACAUGCUUAUGAAGUUAACGGUCAAUGGAUAGUGGACUGCGAUAAAGUCAACCAAAUGCCAAAGCUAGAUAUAUAUUUGAAUAAUGUUGCUUUUCGACUGGGAGGGAAACAGUACAUAAUGAAAGAAUCAAAUACUACCAUAACAACUUGCAUUUCUGCUUUCUCGCCGACUUCAUCUUCAUCUACAAACGGAUUGUGGGUUUUAGGAGGUGCCUUUUUAGCACAGUUUUACAGCAUUUAUAAUGUUCAAGAUAAAACUAUUGGAUUUGUUAGAGCCGCUUAGAAACAAAUAUUUAAAUAAGUAAUUUUAAUUUCUUAUUUGAUUUUAUGGAUAGAUAAAUAAAAUUCUAUCUCAUUGUACUUGAGGUGUCAAAAAAUUGGUACUCUAAUAAUGGAUGUUUGGAGUAUUGUUUAUUAUAAACAUCUUUUUAAAAUUCUUAUCUAGAUUUCAUUGUAUAAUGUUCUAAUGAUUUAUGGUUCAACUUUUUUUACAAUCGUACUUACAUUAAUAAAUUUGUUUGCUUUUUUACUAAAUAUACUUUAUAA